AUGUCGAGUUUCGAGGAAAUUCCAGUACUUGAUUGGUCUCUUCUCUCAGCUGGGGCCGAAUCGAGGGCCAAGUUUAUCUCCCAACUUCGAAGCGCAAUGACAGAAGUUGGAUUCCUUUACCUCUUGAAUCCACCUAUUGAUGAUCGCCUUGUCCAAUCAGUUAUCGACUAUGCACCCAAGCUAUUUGAUCUACCGCAAGAAACCAAGGAGUCACUUGCUAUGGUCAACAAUGAGUCGUUCUUUGGAUACAAUAAGCUUGGGGCGGAGAUUACUAAAGGAAGCACAGAUCUCAGAGAGCAAUUCGAUUUUGCUACGCCGUGGAAAGGCUACCGCAACCCAGAAGGGCCAGACUAUGAGCGCCUAUGGGGUCCUGCGCAAUGGCCAUCAGAUACGGACCUCCCAGGAUUUCGUGACGCUUAUUCCGCCUAUUACAAACAAUGUGCAGAUUUAAGUUUCGAGUUUAUGUCUCUUCUCGCCGAGGCUCUCGGCCUUCCCUCGGAUGCGUUCGACCGAUUCUACGAUGCGCCGCGAGAUAUUAUGUUGCACAGAGCCAAGGUUGUCAAAUAUCCAGCUAUGCCUGAAGGAUCGAGUGAUCAAGGUGUUGGCCCCCAUUUUGACGGCGGCUUCUUGACGCUUCUGCUUCAAGCUUCACCUCACCCUGGUCUCCAGGCCCAGAACGCACGAGGAGAAUGGAUCCCAGCCCCACCUCGCCCUCGAACGCUAGUUGUCAAUACGGGAAAGGCUUUAGAAUCAGCUACACGAGGCAUAGUACCAGCAACCAGCCACCGGGUUUUGGUGCCACGAGAAUCUCAAACAACAAACGGCGACCUGUCCAAAAGGGGCGGAAGCUUGUACAAUUGGACAACUGACGGCUUGAGUACUAGCCCUUCCGGAGCGAGGUACAGCAUUCCGUUCUUUCAGAGUAUUUCCCAGGAUGUACGUGUUUCGGAGAACCAACUUGAUUUCCCUCAAGAAACAUUGGAUUUAUUGAAAAAUCGCAAGGGAGAUGGGGCCACUGAAUCUGUAAACUUCUCUGAGUAUGCGCGAGGUCAGCCUUCAGGACAUGUUCAACUCAUCGGAAGGAUUAAGAGUCAUCCCGACGUCGGAGAACGACAUUAUCCCGAACUCUUCAAGGAGCUGUUCCCCGGUGGACUUCCGAUUCGAACCUAG